AAAAAAGGAAUGCAGUACACACGGCACUUGGCCUUUACGGUUUUCAUUCCCGGCAGUAAGGCCUUUGCUUCUCUCUCUCCUUCUCUCUCUUAAACAUCAAUCAACUCUUUCCAUAAACCCUUAAACCCACCAACCUUUUCGUCUCUUUCCCUCUGCCGAACUGAACAACCUGCCUGCGUCUUUUCAUAUCUCAGGUGAACUCUAAAUUGUUUUUAUCGUAUUGUGUUUCAGUUAUGCUGCUAGCCUUUAAUGUUAGUGGGGGGUAGCUUGCUCACUUUGAUCACACUGACGCUUGAUUUUUCACGGUGUUGAUCUUGUUUCAAGAACUAGGCAAACAAGGAUGUGUGAUAGUGGAGUGUUAAGGGCGUGGGAAGAGUGUGUUGUGGUGCCAGAGAGAGGCAGCCGCAUUGUUCAUUAUAUACUGAAAGAUAACAUUGGGAAUUCUGUCGUUGCUGCGGUUGGGAGAGAGAGGUGCAUCAAUCACAUGGUGUAUACAAUUUCAGAUGACUUCUUGCGUGUUUUUGGGUCCACGACGGGUGUUGGUGCAGGGAAGAAGUGGCAUGCGAGACGAGAGGUUGUUGAGUGGCUCAUCUCAGUUGUGGCAAGAGGUGGACCAAUCACGGCUAGCUCAAUCUCCUGCCAAAGCAACAACGCGCAAGCUACAGCUGAAAGAAUCAAACGUUCUGCUCCUGACACACCUCCACUGCAAGCUUCCAAGAGAGUGAAAAGAUGCAGGUUGAGUGAGAUCCUCGACAGCAGCUGCACUGGCAACACAGGUUUAAUUUCAGACAACCGUGCAGUUAAAUGGGAACCUACGUGUAACAGAGUAAGAAUCAAAUUUCCAAUCAAGAGAACGGUUGGUGUUGCUCUUCCUGCAUCUGAGCCAUUGUGUAAAGUAUUUCCCAAGCUCAGUGACAGUAUCGAGCUUCUUAGUCGGGACAGUGGCAUGCGAGGCUGCUGGUUCAGGUGUAAGAUAUUGCUUUCAUCAAAAAGUCGCCUUAAGGUUCAAUACAAGGAUGUUAUGCAAGCUGAUGGGGCUCGAAAACUGGAGGAAUGGGUUCCAGCAUCGAGAGUAGCAGAUCCUGAUAAACUGGGAAACAGAUGCGUAGGCCGCCUUACAAUCAGGCCUCGGCCAUGUAUGGAUUCUUCAGACACUACAUUUGUGGUUGGAGCUGCAGUCGAUGCAUGGUGGUGCAACAGCUGGUGGGAAGGCGUUGUGAUUGGAUACGAGUCACUGACGAAUACUAACCUUCAAGUUUACUUCCCCGGUGAGAAUAGGUUCUCAACUGUUGCAAGGAAACACAUAAGAGUUUCAAGAGACUGGAUUGACAGCAAAUGGGUGAACAUAAAAGCAAGACAUGAUAUACUAUCCUUCUUAUCUUCGAUUUUCAGCCCUGGCCUGAAGCUCACACCACGAGCCACGUUCCCUGAGGCCAAUAGCUCUGCAACAAACAGCACAGUUACCAUCCAUCGGAAACCUGAGGUCGACAAGUGGAAGAUACCGAGUUCGACUGCUGCGGAGAUGCCUAAUUUAAAGAAACGACUUAUAAGCAGAUACAAUGAAGAGAUGAUCAAGUUUGGCAUGCUCUAAGAGUGCCAUGACCAACAAUUUUUUGACUAAGUGAAUUUGUAAAUAUCGUCGCCACCGUGAAUGCUUACAGCAAGAGGGAGAUUUUCUCAACCUUUAUGAAGGGUGAGUGAUUCUAUUUAGAGAAAAUAGAGCAUGGAUUGUGCACAUUUUGGUUGCAUUCUCUUCUGCUAUGUUCCUAUUUGGCUGCAGAGUGUGUAUCUAUGUAUGUAGCCAACUUGUUUUAUAUCAUUACUUCUAACCAGCCAUACUAAAAUCAUUUUGGUUGAGAAUGAGCAUCACUCUCUUCGGUAACCGAA